AUGAACCAGAAAGAGUUAAUUUCUUCUUCAGUGGAAGUAAUUGAAGGAUGCGAUGGCUUACUCACUGAAAUCCUUGUUCGUCUCCCCCUCAGAGAUGUCAUAACCUUCAAAGGUGUCUCCAAGCGGUGGCUCUCUCUCAUCUCUGACCCUUACUUCUCUCGCCGCCGCGCCACCGUCCAAGGAACAAGAUUCUCCGGUUUGAUCCUUGAUCCCGAGGUCGUCAAUCCUCAACAUCGUGAAUUAACAUUCUUCUACUUCAAUAAGAAGAUUCGUAGACCGUGCCGCCGCCGGCGCAUAUUCUGUCCCAAAGUUCCCGAUAAUUGCUCAUCUAUGUUACAAUCUUGCAACGGCUUAAUGCUUCUCCGCAGAUUCAGUGACAUGUUUAUCUAUAAUCCCACAACCGGAGACAAAAAACCCUUGCUCUCGCCCUUUCCAUCGUUUGAUGAAUCAGCUUCCCCGGAGUACUCUCUGGCUUUUGAUCCCUUGCGAUUUCUCGGUUAUAAGCUGAUCUGCAUUUUCUGUGGCAAAUCUUCAAAGAAAGACGGCUACCAAACCAUGAUUUAUUCCUCGGAAUCCGGUACCUGGAAGCACUGCGGUUCUUCCUUCUCGGCUCCCUUAGACAUGGAUUUUGCACAUGGUGUUUAUUUCAAGGACUCAGUUUACUGGAUCGGUAACAGAAGCAAAACGACGCUGCGUUUUGAUCUGAAAACAGAGUGCGUGAAGGAUGACAUGCCUCCUUUGCCUCCGGCGCCUCAAUAUCUUAAAGUUGGUGGCUCUAGUUACUGGGUUAACGUGAGACGUUCCUUAAAACUAGCUUAUAAUGGAUAUGGAUAUAUUCUUGCACCUGCAUGCGGUUACAUGAAUUUAAUUGGAGCUGACUUUGAAUUCUGUAUGCGCGUGUUCCGGUUGAUGGAAGAUAAUUAUUCUUCAUCAAAAUCAUGGGUUCUCAUGCACAGCGUUGAUCUUCGACGUACAAAUCUUAAACGUUUUUUGAAUACAGGUCCUGCUGGAAACUACAGCAUACUCCAUCUCAUUAAAGAUGGUGAAGAUGAUGAGAUGGCUUUGUUUGUGCAGAUAGAUAGAAAAGUUAUUGCUCUGCGAUUAAAGGAUCAUACCCGUUAUGAUGUGUUUGACUUUGACUUGAAAUUACAAAAAGAUCCCCGUUCUUUUACAGGAGUUAUGGGAUGGUACACAGCCUUUGAGUACGUUGAGAGCUUAGCUUGUCUUUAA